GCUCAGUGGAGAGAGACCAUGUUCGCCAUCAGACGCAAACUGUACUUACCUCUACUCUCAUUGCCAAGUCAUUUUUUAUGAAAUAGCUACAACACGGGGCCACAGGGAUGGCCAACUCGGGUGCUGUUCAGGUGAAACUAGAGCUCGGCCAUCGUGCCCAGGUCCGAAAAAAACCCACUGUGGAAGGCUUCACCCACGACUGGAUGGUGUUUGUUCGAGGACCAGAGCACAGUAAUAUUCAGCACUUUGUGGAGAAAGUCGUCUUUCACCUGCACGAAAGUUUCCCUAAGCCCAAAAGAGUUUGCAAAGAUCCACCAUACAAAGUAGAGGAGUCAGGAUACGCCGGCUUCAUCCUGCCUAUUGAAGUCUACUUCAGGAACAAGGAAGAACCGAAGAAAGUUCGCUUUGACUACGACCUCUUCCUCCACUUGGAGGGUCACCCGCCUGUCAAUCAUCUCCGCUGCGAGAAGCUGACGUUCAACAACCCUGCUGAAGACUUCCGUCGCAAGCUUCUACGAGCCGGGGGGCAACGGGACCCGCACAAACGCACCUCAGAGGACUCAAAAGUGAUGGUCAUGCAGGAGGGUUCGACAUCCUUGUUUAGGCAGCACAUGAAGCUCCCUGCACUUCCCAACACGUCCUUGACGUCCUCUUUUUCUGAUUCCCGGAAGAGCAAAAGCUCCCAUGGGUCAAAGGAUGGCUCCAAAGGAAGUGGCAGUACGCUCCUCACCACGGCCACGACCACCAGCACCACCACCAACAGCAGCAGCUUCUCCAAACUCCACAAACCCUGCAAGGACCACAAAGACAAGCCUCCAAAAGACUUGAAAGAGACCAAAAGUGCCUUCAGAGACUCUUGCUGGGAGUCCAGCAAAGCCCCAAAAGAACCUUCCAGAAAACCCAAAGAGAACCAACCACUUCAAGAUAUCAGUCCUAAAAUUGGAUUCAAGGAGCCCAAGUCUUUAUCCAACCAUGGCUCAGGCAACAAGCGUUUAUUUGCCCCCGAUGUGGACAAUCACAUCAGCAAAAAAAGGAAAAAGGGAUUUGCGGAUUUGUCGGGGAAGCAGACGGACACUCAACAUUCCGAUAAAGUGCUAAAGGAACGAUCGCAGAUGCGGAGUUGUAAAUUGCAUCCAGAGUCUGAGCAAGCCGACCACAGGAAGGUAUCGACGCUUCCUCCCUUCCAGGAAGUGGUGGACCCCAAUGACUCGGACAUAGAGUCCAGCAAGUCAGAUUCUGAACAGCCCAGUCCAGCCAGCUCCAGUUCCAGUUCAGGCUUUGGUCCCACACACCAUAAACGCCAAGUAAUGGACUUGAUCAUCAGAAAAAGGUUGGCUAUACCCGCCACCACCCACACAGUGUUGGGCCCGCUGCAGUCAGUGAUGCAGGAUCUGCACUCGGACAACAAUGAUGAUGAUUCAGAGGAGGAUGAGGACCUCGACAUGGAUUCGGACGCAGAGCGGCCAACGCACACACACCUCACACACCACCAGCGCAGGGUCAGUUUGAGUGACGGCAGCGAGAGUGACAGCUCCUCCUCCUUGCCGCUUUCACAUACGGAUGGCCCGGGCUUAUUAAAGACUACUAAUACCCAGAUACUGGAAGUGAAGAGUCCCAACAAGCAGAGCAAGCAGGACAAAAGUAAAAAUCUAGAUGGCGAUAAGGCUUACCUCGAUGAGCUGGUGGAACUGCACAAAAGACUGAUGACCUUAAGAGAAGGGCACAUUCUCCAACAGAUUGUCAACCUCAUCGAAGAGACUGGCCACUUCCACAUCACAAAUACUACUUUUGAUUUCGACCUGUGCUCCUUGGACAGAAGUACAGUUAGGAAACUCCAGAGUUACCUGGAAACUUCCGGACUGUCCUGAAGUCCUUUUUAGACGCUGGCAGUUGAUUUCUACUCAUGUGAUUUUGUUGUUUUUUUUUUCUUUUGAAAAAUAACUAAAGUUUGGAUGCAUUGCGAAGACUACCGCUAUGGUUGGUGGGCUGGAUCCAGUUGAAUUUGGGGAGGUUAUGUUGUGGGGAUGAGCCCUGAUGACCAUCGGAUCACCUAAAAAGCCUUUGAACCUUCCAAAAAAAAAACAUGGAGGAUCUUUUUGCUCUUAAUGAAUGUGCAGAUGAUUGACAUGUAUGCAUCGCCAGUUGGGUCCAGUGCGGUUUAACACCUGCAUGGUCAACAUUGCCUUACAACGCUGUAAAGUCUUAUUUAUUGAAUUUCUGUGUGUGUGUGUGUUACAAACAGCAAAAAAAAAAGUCUUUGUUGAAGCACUUCACAGCAGACGUUAUGUUUGCGUGACAGUUACUUUGAACCUCAUGAACCUUGAAAUCAUGGCGAUGAAAUCACAUACAUAUCCUCUGCACAUGUUUACAACAAUCAAAAGCUACUUGUAAAUGUGCAACUUAUAUAGAGAAAUAAGUCUAUAUUGUAUAUGCAAAAACAGUUGCCUGUGAGGCCAAACUGAGCGGUUCAACGACUUAACAGUGAAAGAUCACACAAUCACAUCACAAUCUUUUAACCAAAUCCAGGAAUGAUGUGCUGCUCAGUGGCUACAAAGCUUUUGUUUGUUACGUUGUCUUUAUUUUGUAUUUGGUCUUUUGCCAAUACACAACAUGCCAAACACACGAGUGUUUUAAGUCACUAAAACUGCUGUUUGAUCUGAUUGCGAGGGUUUCUUAAUAUGUUUUGAGGAAAUGAGCAGUCAGCCGUCGACUGACGAGAGCUGUUUACGGGUGUGCGAAUAAAAUGUUAUUUAUUUUUGUUUGACUUUCAGCUCUUGCCUCAGAGCUCGGUGUCAACAUUUCUGAGGACAGUUCCUUUUUUUUUGUUUUGAUUUGUAAGCUGGAAUGUCUGCAGAUGUUUGGGACCACAGAUGGGCCUUUUUCCAAAAAAAAAAAAAAAAAAAACCUAAAAGGGUGUACCUACUCCCUUGUCUUCUGGGUUUUGUGUAUUUUGACGACAUUCAAUAAAUGCUCUGUAUGGUGUACAGAUGAGAUGA